AUGAACAUCGCUGAUAUUUUGAAUCCCACUGCACCCAACAACACUUGUACGCCCACCAUCUACGAAGAAGAGCAUCGACUACUUUCACCGCCCUUGUCGCCAUUCCAUGCAGAGGACGUACACUAUCUGCAGCAACAUCAACAUCCUCAUUACUACGGUGAUAGCAGCAGCUCUGAUGCAAACGCCGUCGCUAACAAUUACGGCAAACCACGAAGCCGUUUCUCAGAAUACGAGGAUGCAGUUAUUUGUGAAGGUGUUGCCAGGGGCCUGACCUGGGGCCAGAUCUCUGGCCAGUUGCCACACCGCAAGCGAGCGACAUGCUUUAACCGAUACCGAACACUUCAAGGCAUUCGCAAGUCGCGCAAGCGAUCAUCCAUCGUAUCUGCAAAGUACAAGCCAUUGACGCCUCCUUCGUCGCGUCGCGCAUCCAUCGUUUCCUGCUCAACGCGAACCUUCUUUACGCCAUCGCCAUCUCCGCCCCUUGCUUCUUCGCCUUGGUUACCGACAACCCCGCCACUGUCGACUAACAACAACAACAUCGCUACUGGUAACCAUAGCAACAACGAUGCUCGUUACUAUGGCGACUAUGAUCUUGUACGAACCCCUUCGGCAUUUGCUUCGUUAAGCCGUCCAUCGACCCUGUGGAUGGAGCCACGCCCAUGUUCAUAUUACCAAAUCUAA